CCGCUACGCCGGGCCAUGACGCCGCCACGUUCACUCCGUUCACCUUGUCGCCAGGUCGGCCGGGUACCUGACAUCAAUCUACAAGGCCCAUCCCCUCCACUCCUUUUCUCCAAACAGGAACCCGACAUAGCAACCUGACGAAGCUACUACUACUACAACUACGAAACUACAGACAUUCUAUAUAAUCUGCUGAGGAUACUCAGAUCACAUGCCUCGUCUCGACAAGUCUUCGUAGUACGUGCUCUUUUGUAGACCAGGCAACAUGCCCGACGCGAUAAAAGCGGCGAAUUAUAUCCAACAGCUCGACGAUGCUCGUUGCGAAGAGAACUGGGAUGCUGUUCCCGAGCUGGUCCGCAAGGUGCGGAAGCAUGCGCCUGACCGCAUAUGUCUCACCUUGACGGCCGAAAUCGAGUUGGCCAUCACCAGAGCUUGCCAGAAGGCCGCCCCGCAGGACACCGAUCGGCCGAGUACUGCAGGAGGGCCUGCCGUGGGCAUCGAGGUGGCAAGCCAUAUACCAAAUCUCAUCGCCGCCAUCGAGAACGAAACCCAGCAUCCCGAAGAAAGUUUCCAAGCCAAGGUCUGCCUAGGAUGGCUACAUUGGGUCAUGAAAGACUACCCCAUCGCCUUGGUCCGACUCCCUAAGAACUUCGACCUCGAGUACCCGCAAUGCGACAACUUGGAUACCCUCUCCGAAUGGACCAAGGUCUGCGCCUUGAAGUCAACCUAUCUUAGAGCGAACUGCCUGGCACGCGAUGGGCAGCGAGAUAUGGCCAUGGGUGCAUUCGAAUCCGCUCUGCCGUCUCUCAGCAGCGUUUGGACCACCAAAACGGCCCGCCACCAGCUACGGUACUGGGCCGAACUCUUCCUAACCGAAUACUGUAUGCUGGCAAGCCAAGCGAUUCGCGAGAACGAUGAGCUCCUUUCCGACCCAAACUGUCUUGCCAGCUUUCGAACGUGGUUCAAGUACUGGGCGAGCGCCAAGGGGCAACCCCUGGCUGGAGGUUAUGGGUUUCGAGGCUCUGUGCCUAGGCGGCAGGUGUGGUCCGAAUACUACCAUGUGCUCUCCGAGCUCCUGCAACGGGACCUCCCGUUUCCCACCGGCUAUUCCGAGCCCAGCAAUGAUUCGUCUGCUAGGAGCCAGUUGCGCGCCGAACUGAAGAAGGUAGAGGUUAUCUUCCAAGGGCUGCUAUAUACCGAGACCAAGUUUCCAAGGGCCGACGAACAAAGAACAGAGGUCGAGCAGUUUGUCGAUCGUGUCAUGCAGAAUUGGAUCAUUCUGAACGGUCACGGAUGGAAAGAGCAGGAUCUCGGUAAGGGCGGAAGAGAUACCCUUAGCCACGGAACACUCGACACUUUGUACGGCGCCGCGACAAAGACAUAUCAUUCGACAUCUGUUUUGCGCCACCUUUUUACAGUCCACCUUGCCGUGGCCGAGUUCGACCUAGCUUUUGCGGCUUUCGAUUCCUAUUUGGACAUUAUCAAAAAGGGCAAAGCGAGAGUUGCCAAGACUGGACAUCCUGAACCUGCCAUGGACGAUGAUGCGACCAUGCUUGAAACUAUUUCUGCGUGUAUCGCCGCCCUCUGUCGAUUUGGCGGUAGAGAUGCGGCUGAAAAGGCCUAUCAUUUAGGAUUGCAGCUGGAAAAUUUGCUGGAAAGGCUAGCAAAUGGCGAAUCGAGCGCAGAGGAGAACUUGAACGCCGCAAAAGACGGGCACUUGGUUCUCCCGGCUGCAGAAUCGUUGCCCCCUCGCGCCUUAGCCCUGACAUACCAGGCGGCCGGCCUCGCUAACGCGCAAUGGGCGCGGAUGACAUACGAGUCCGAGUCUCGGACACACUUCCAGCAGAAGGCUGUUCACUGUCUGUCCAAGUCCCUCUCACCUGAGCUCGGCUUGGGCGUGGAUGCAAGGGGCGUAUUCGCUCUUGGUACUCUUCUGGCUGAGCAACGGAAUCUUCAUUACGCUAUCAAUCUAGUCAAGACGGCGCUCCUGGAAGAUGUUGAUAUUGAUGAGAGUCAAGAGCUGUACAGAGGACCAUGCUGGCGAGAGCGAUCGCUGAUUCCCCUUUGGCAUUUGCUGGCGCUGAUGCUUAGUGCACAACAAGACUAUGUCAUGGCUGCUCGAGCCUGCGAAGGAGCUAUGGAACAGUUCAAGGAUCCAUUUAUCCUCUUUGGAACCAGAAGUUUGAACGGCGCCUACCAAAGUGAGCAUCUCAAUGAGGCUGGCGUUGAGGAUGGUGGCUAUACUAGCAACGGUAUUGUCGACGAGAUGGACGAUUUCGAGAAAGAAAGCCUUCUUGAGAUUAAGAUGACUCAAUUGGCUAUUCUGGAGCUCGUUGAAGGACCGACAGUUGCCGUCAAUGCCAGCUCGGAACUUCUCACGCUGUUCACAAGGUUAUUUGGUGACCUAGACCAAAAGGUGGAGCUAACAAAGCCAGAACCCCCCAGGACCGCGGUCACAGCGGUGACCAAGGAGCAAAACCGAAACAGGAGAGCAAGUGUAUUCGGUAGCCGGUCAGUAAGAUCGGGCCGUGGGAUGAGACAGAGCAUUUUCGGCAGUCACGAUAAGAACCUGACUGGUAUUCCGCCUGUACCCCAGGCCCCCGGAGCGCCCGCGAUCCAAGUCACAAACGACGAAAAACGGAAAUCACACAGCCUCAGCAGGAGUGGAUCUGGUAGGAGGCACAGCUUGCGAAGGAAAUCUCGCAGUGAAAGCCAAGGAGCCACAGAAGCACCUCCGCCGAUGCCUGUUAACGGGAGCCUGGCACAUUACGCUGGUAAGGAUGGUGCGGCGGCUGCUCCGCUUUCUGAAGAGCCGUCUACAGAUAUGGUACAACGUACCGACUCGUUUGAUUCGAAUGAGGACUACAACGACGGUGAUGCUUCGGUUCUCGCCGAGGUUUACGGCUCGUUGCUACCGGUGAUUCACUUUUCGCAGGAGCAUAGCAAGAGGAAACGGAAGGCCAUUCUCAUCAAGGUCUGGCUGACCAUCGCCGGAUUUUACCGGAGGGCUGGCCUUGUUGCCGAUGCACAACAAGCAUGCACUGAGGCACAGAACAUUGUCCAGGCACUGGAGGCCGAGAUCCUGAACGAUACAACAGGAAAUGUGUCUCUUCGGGAGGCUGGAUGGGGCGAGACCAAGAGCACUGAAGAGCUCUAUGCGGAUGUUUGGGCAGAGAAGGGAUAUCUUUCCGUGGCAUGCGGGAAGCCUUACGAGGCGCGAGCGGAUUUCGAGACCGCGUUGACGCACUUCCCUGACCACCCUGUCGCCAUCGUCGGGCUAUCUGACAUCCUUUUGGAUAUUUACUCGGAGAAGCUCCUCCCGCCACCUGUUGUGCCGAGCUUCAACCUGGAAGAAAGCAUACUCGGCGAUAACUCCACACCGCUACAAGCAACUAGCAAGUUCCCCGAACUGCCUUCACAGCCUCUCGGUCUCGGUACAAGGAAGGUAGAGGGCAAGCUGGAAAAGGAGGAGGAUAACCUGGAAAACGGUAUGGCUGCACUCAAGUUGAAGAGUAUCUCAUCACCAAACCGUGGCCCUGAACUCCCACCGCCGCAUAAGGCGACCUCGCUGCCACUGCACGACCGACUUGCGGCGAGGGAUCGCGCAUACGGAUUGCUGUCGGGCUUGACCAAGUUAGGCACCGGGUGGAACAACUCGGAGGCGUGGUUCACGCUGGCCAGGGCUUAUGAGGAGAGUGGUCAAGUGGACAAGGCCAAGGGAGCGCUUUGGUGGUGCGUCGAGUUGGAGGAUGGAAGGGGGGCCAGGGAGUGGACUUGUGUUGAUGCUGGCGGGUAUGUAUUGUAGGCGAUGAUCAUGCGAAAGCGAGUUGAGUUGCAGCAGCUCUUUCGAAUGAAGCGCGCAACAAGGGGCAUUUGAUUGGGGUUAUUAUUUUGUUUAACAUUUUGAUCACGCGUCGGACUUUGCUUAUCAUCUACAGACGACGAGAUAUCGCUACAGUAUGGAUAUAGAUACAGGAAGGAAGUAGGAGAGAAAGAUAGAAGAGGCGUGGUAAUCGAGUAAUGCGUAAUUCUCA